GGCGCUGAAGCCGGGGGUUUGAGGUAUGUUGGUGUUGCUGGGCUGCUCACUCUUAAUUACUUAUAUCGUAAUAAUAAAUGUGAAAUAUUGAGUUAAUACAAAUCCUUCGUUUGGUCUCAAUAUGAACGUUGAUUCGUAUGAUGUCACUUUUAGACCUUGUUCUCAGGGAACAAACUACUACUGCAACAUUAUAUUUAAUAAAUUUGUUCGCCAUCCUGUCCCGCAGCAGUGUUCGUUAUUUUCGACGGGUCUUAUGAGAAUUGUAAAAACGUCUUCCUAAUCACAACUGAGUAAUUCCAGUGUCCUGUAUACUUAUUGUGGAUCUUUGAGCGCUAAAAAACGACAUGUAUACUAAAUCACGCCUCAGAUUUCGGCGAGCAUCAAAGUCCUUGUUUAAUAUGACUUCACACCCUCAAAGGUUUUACUGUUCAUGAAAAUAAAAUUUUAACGUUCGUCCCUAUCUAUGAAAUUUGUCUAUAAAGCUAAGAAAUUCUGAAUAAGCAUUACAAACACCGUUCAAGUCCUCAGAUUUUUGGAAUCACUUUUAAAUGAUUAAUCUCGUAUGAAGUAAUCAGUCAUAGUAAGAAAAAAUGAUAAUGAAAGAAAAUGUUGAAGAUUUUCCCAUGGAUGAACUUUCUGUAUCAUCUACAAACCGUGAUAUUUCAUCAUCAUUCCCUGAUUUAGCCAAUUCAGAAUUGUUUAUCCCACAUCCUACUUACAUUCUACCUACAUGCUCUUCAGAUGAAUCAAAUGAUAAUUUAAUUUGUAUGAAUUUCGAAUCAAAUCAUUACUUAAAAGAGGCCAUGAAUACUAUGUAUGAAUUAUUUCAGUCUCGAAAAUUAACUGAUGUCACAUUAUGUGUAAAUUCAGAAUCAAUUCAAUGUCAUCGAAUUGUUCUAGCUGGUGCUUCACCAUAUUUCCGAGCUAUGUUCACUGGUGAAAUGCGUGAAGCACUUUUACAUGAAAUUAAAUUACAUUACAUAUCGGCAACUGCUUUAAAAAAGCUAAUCGAUUUCGCAUAUACAGGUAGAAUACAGAUAAGUGAACGGAACGUAUGUGAAUUACUCAUAGCUGCUUCUAUGAUUCAAAUGUCUCAUGUUGUCCAAGCUUGUUGUAGUUUUUUAAAGCAGCAAUUACAUCCUUCAAAUGCUAUUGGAAUUCAAGAGUUCGCGCAGUCGAAUAAUUGUUCCGAAUUGUCGUUUGCUGCUCAAAAGUUUAUUGAUCAAAAUUUUAGCGAAAUAGUAAAACAUGACGAGUUUCUAGGACUUCAUCCUAACCAACUUUUAACUUUAAUUAAACGUGAUGAAUUAAAUGUACGAACUGAAGCGGAAGUGUAUAACGCUGUUAUCAGAUGGGUAAAUCAUAAUAGAAAUUCAAGAUCAUCUACACUGCUUGAAGCUUUGUCUGCCGUCAGAUGUUAUACACUUCCUCCUACAUUUAUACAAGGGCAAAUAAAAAAUUGUAGUCUUCUUGCAGGUUUCACUCCUGCAAAAUCUCACUUGCAAAAUAUUCUGGAUGAUCUCAUUAAACACCGUCAUAUCUCAAUAAAUAAACGGACAGCUGGGUCAAUGGAGAUUCUUUACUCAGCUGGUGGUUAUCUGCGUUAUUCGCUAAGUGCAUUUGAAUGUUACAAUCCCGUUACAGCUAAAUGGAGACGUCUACCAGAUAUACCUAGCCCACGAAGUGGCCUGUCUGCUUGUUCUGUACGUAGUUGCGUUUAUCUUGUAGGAGGCAGAAAUAAUAAUGAACAAGGAAAUAUAGAUGCACCUCACAUGGAUUGUUAUGAUCCAAGAAAAAAUUGUUGGACUACAUGUGCUCCUAUGUCAGUGCCUCGUAACAGAGUUGCUGUUGGUGUUGUCGACGAUAUGAUUUAUGCUGUUGGUGGUUCAACCAAUACAAUGCACCAUAAAAGCUCUGAAAAAUAUGAUCCAGAUAUGGAUCAAUGGAUACCGAUAGCUUCUAUGAAUAGUCGACGGAUUGGAUUAGGUGUCGCUGUACUUAAUCGUUUAUUAUACGCUGUUGGUGGUUUUGAUGGUGAAAAACGUUUGAAUACAGUUGAACGUUAUGAUCCGGAAAAGGAUAAUUGGGAAGAGUUAGCUUGUUUAAAUCGAGCUAGAUCUGGUGCAGGUGUUGUUGCACUCGGUGAAUACAUUUAUGCAAUUGGUGGGUAUGAUUCCUGUAGUCAGCUAAAUACAAUGGAACGUUAUGAUCCUAAAAGAAAUUGUUGGGAAUACUGUGCAUCUAUGCUACAUCCAAGAUCAGCGUUAAGUGCUUCAGUAUGGGGAAAUGAAAUAUGGGUUUUUGGUGGCUACGAUGGAAGCGAAUUUCUAGCCAGUGUUGAAGUUUAUAAUCCAAUUAAAGAUCAAUGGACUGAACGAACUUUUAUGGAUUGUGGUAAAUCUGGGCAUGCAGUUGUAGUUAGUCGCGGACCAUCAUUUUGAUUGACAAUGUAAACUUUUGUUUUUGUCAAAAAGAGAUAUAUUUCCUCAUUUACAUUGGGAUGUGUAGAGAAAACAAACAAACAGGAGAUAGAGAGAAGAUCGUUCGAGCACUCUGUGAUUUUCACCCACUUUUUUGUCUAUUUCUGUUUAUCAGCGCCAAUAUAUAACUAUCAACCUUUCAAUUACCUCCCUGCUCGUCCUUACUCCUUCUAGUCCCUAUCAUGCUUACCAAAUACUGUAAUUAAGGUACUAGUCGUAGUAAUAAUUAAACUCAUUGAUAAUUUCACUAUGGAAAAUACUAAAACAAUGCUAACCAAUUAUGUUUUAUACUGUUUUUCUCCUUCCUUUUUUAUUCAUCCAGAAUAAUAGUCAUAAAGAUUGUGAAUAUAAUUAGCGAUUUCACUGUUUCUUCCGUAUAUAUGUCUAUAUGUAAGACUGAACGAAUGAAAACUAACCUAAAUUGUACAUUAGUUCUACUCCUGAUAUUCUCCUACAUAAAUUUAUCUCAUUGUAAAAUAUAUGUUCAAACUUGUUUGCCCUUUUUACAGUUUUAAAAAUUUACUAUGCCCAUGUCUACCAAUAAUAUUAAUCAUAACAAUAGUAAUAAUAUUGCAUAUUGUACUUAUAUAUACCCACUCUCUUUUGCCCUUUUCUGUCCGUACAUGCAUCCACAUAGGUGCUUGUGUUUACUCCGCCAUUCUCUUGACUUCAUAGUAUAGGGGAUCUAAUUCCUCAUUUUCUGUACAUAAAAAAUGUUAUAUUGAUAUUUGUUUAAUUUUUUAAAGUAUUCUUUGGAACCUGUUGUACAUUAAUUGCAUUGUUUUUUUUUGUCUUGUGUGUGUAUCUUGUUAGUCUUGUUUUUAAACCCAACCUACUACUAGUAUUAGUAUUGUGUAUAUGAAACUUUAAAAUGUAGUUUUCUGUCAUAUAUAUAUAUAUAUAUAUAUAUAUAGCCAUUAAAUUGUUGGGGGAAGAUUUUAACUUGAUACUAAUACUGACACUAUUACUCAUAAAAUGGCGUCUGUUUUUGCUUUUCUGGAAUAAACAGUUGAUAUUUGUGAAUGUAAAUGAUAAAAAAUAUUUUCAAUAUUUCAUAACUUUUCCCUUUCUUUUUAAAAACGUUCAAGAAGAUACAUAUGCACGUUGUUUGUUCUGAAUUUGGAAAUGUCAAUCGACCUGACAUGAUGGAUUUUGUUUUAGAUUGGUGUUCGUAAUUCUAUACCGUGAUUUUUAAUUAGUGUACUUUGUAUGUUUGGGUAAUUGCAUUCGUUUCAGUGACAAAUUAAGCUAGCCACUAUGCUUAAUGUAAUUCUACAUUUAGUGAGUGCAUAUUUUAGAGUUUUGAAAUUAUUUUCUACGUGGUUCAAAUUUGGUUGAUCAGUUAAAUUGGUUGAUGCCGUUUGUUCAUACUGCUGGCGACUUUUGAUUGGUUGCUUUUUCCUUUUGAAUUAUCCAUGAUACGUUUUUUGUUCUGAUAUACUGGAUAACUUUUAGAUUUACCGGAAAUGUUCACUGAAUAUUGUUAUUCUAUGUCAUGUUUGUCUCUUCUUUGAUGAUGAUCA